GGUGAAGACAGAGAGAGUGGUUAAAUACCUUGAAGGAGGCGACGAGUUUCCUUAAUUUACCUUCACAGUGUCGGCUCUCGCUGGAAGUUGCUAGAAAUGUUGAUGUUGCGUAGUUGUAAUUCUGUUUUCAGCGACAUUUUGGAUACAUGUUUGUAAUUUUCCCGUAGAAAUUGCUAAGUUGUUUGAUUUGAAUGCUCGUGUUUCACGUUUGAUGAAGAAGCUUUUCAGAAGGUUUACCUGACACUGGAGACAGCAUCAGAUCUUGGGUGGAGAUGGAUGAACAGGUGAAUCCACUGGAGAGAGACCACUCCCUGUCUGUGGUUCUGCCUGGGGGACUGGAGAAGAAUGCCACUGUGCAUGGAAGUAAACCAGUGAUGGACUUACUGGUGACCCUUUGUGCAAGUUACCACCUGAAUCCAUCUGACUACACUGUCGAAGUUCUCUCACCCAACAAGAAUAACAUCAGCUUCAAACCAAACUCUCCUAUUGGCUUACUAGAGGCUGAGAAGAUUGUGCUGAAGCCCAAAGGAGUGGAGGAAAAGAUCAGGAGGCCGUACAUGCCAGAGGCAACUGUACGUCUGUUGAUCAACUACAAUAAGUCCCAUAAGGCGGUGGUGCGAGUGAAUCCCAGAAUGCCCCUUGAGAUACUGCUGCCAGUAGUGUGUGACAAGUGUGAGUUUCAAGUAGAAUCGACCUUGUUGUUGAGAGACUCUCAGUCUAAAGAGCCGCUGGACCUGAGCAAGACCUUAAAUGAGCACGGACUAAGGGAAGUGUUUGCCAAAGAUACAGCCUGUAAGGAGCCUGCUGACCAUCAGCACCAACCCAGGACACCUGAAGCAGCUGUCACACCAACAGAGGUCAUCUCAGUACCUGCACUACAAGACUUGCCAAAGAAGGAGAAGAAACAGAAGGAGAACACAGGAUUCCUCAGCUUAUUCAGAAGAAGGAAGAAAAAACCUCAAGUGGAAGGAGCAGUGAGUGCUCCAACGUCUCCUGAACACAGUAAACAAAUGGCAGUCAGUAUGGAUGUGCAGGGCGUUUCAUCUUGUAACAAGCUGGUGGCAGAUAUGCCCAAGAAGAGGCGUGCCCCCCAGCCACCCAUGGGUGUAUCACAGAGUGUCCCUAACAACCUCAGCACUUGUCAUCUGAGAGAGCCACAGAGGUCUGCAGAAUCCACCUUAAGGAGCACCAAGAGGAGGGCCCCACCCCCUCCCUGUGCAAACACACACCAGGAGCUGCAGGCAGACACACAAGUUAAAGGGACUGUAAACUCUCUCAACACUUUGGAGGAGCUGAGAGAAAAUGAUGAGUCAGACUCUCUAAACCUAUCACUAUCCUCCUCUUCAUCACCACAGCCGUCACAAACAUGGUCGUUCUCAACCUCCUCACGUCCGUCAUUUGAUCCACAUCUGCCUUCAUUUCGGGGGAAGGACUUAUCUGACGCCCGCUGUGCUCUUGCCAAGGUCCUGACAUCCUCUGUUUCCAAAGGAACACUGGUCAAGCGUUUGAGGAAUUCUGCCACCUUCCCAAAAUUUUACAAUGGAUCCUCUUUUAUGUCCAUGACUCAGGAGGGUUCAGAUAAUGGGGCUUUCUGUGCUGAACUUGAGUCUGUUCUUAAGUCUAACCUCCCCACUGAGUCUGAGUGGGAGGAUCCUCUACAGAGGAAGGGACUGACCACUUUCAAAGUGGUUCCCACAAUGAAACAGAAGUUGCAUGACCCAGAACUCACUCUGGAUGUCCCAGACCAGUGCCAGGCAACAGUAGAACAUAACCCUGAGAGGGAAGCUUCUCCUGAGGCUCAGAAUAAUCCAACUGAGACAGAGGAGGAUCCACAUACCCCUGACAGAUCAGACACUGAAACCCCUUUGAGUGAAGCUUCUCCUGAGGCUCAGAAUAAUCCAACUGAGACAGCACAGCACUGCACAGUUUCACCUCCUCCUGAGGUUUUGAAUGAAGGGGAGAAAGAAGAGGAGGAUGAAGCUGAGGUCACAGUUGAGGUGACUGCAGCUGUGGUGUCAGACCACAGUGAUGAAGAACUUACCACUGAUGGUCAGAUCCACUCAGAAAGUCACAGCCCCACUGGACAGUCUGUAAGUACAGACAUGGACCUGUGUGGCUCACACACUGAUGAGACAGAAGUCGAACAGGAAGUGGUACAAGAAGAAGAGGAAGAAGAAGAGGAGGAGGAGGACAGUUUCCCUCCGCCUCCUCCACCUGUCUUCUUUACUGAAGACAUAGAAGUCGUGGAAGACGGGCAAGAAGAUACUACCCCUUCUUCUCUGCCAUCCUCCCAACCAGGAAGUCCUACCUGCAACGGGCAGACCAACGCAAUCAGCAACGACCAUCAAGACGAGUCUACGUCAGCCAUGUGUGACCAGCCUGCUGCUGCACCAACGCCUCUGGACAAGAUGAGAGCAGCUCCAUCCAGAUUUGCGCAGGCAGUGGCAAUGGCUGUGCAGAGGUCUCGCCUCCAGAGUCAAGAGAAGACUUUCAGCCCACAGGCCCAUAAUGGUCCACACAGUACACUCCCUUCACCACCCAGGUCUACAUAUCAGUAUGGUGCCUGACUGACUUCCUCACACAUCCUUGAAAGGAGUGGGAUCACAGCUGACUGAGGACACCACACGCAGCAUGUGACCUCCAAAUAACACGAGAAGCAACUGACUGGGUUUUUGCAAAAAUAUUUUUCUUUUUUGUCCCUUUGACACCAUGUUGUCUCAUUUUAUUUUUGGCUUUAUGUUCACAGGUUGAAUAUAAACAUUUUCUGUUGUGGUGAGGGCCAAAUGUACAGGACAUGAGUUGUUGAAGUGGACAACGUCCUGUUUUUUCUUUACUUCCUUUUAAAAUUUCAUUCAGGAUGUGCCAAGGCGGACAUAACGCUGAUGUUGGAGCUUUAUUUUGGCAGGGUGUAAAACAAAAGCAGUGAUGUAAUUGCAAUUAUCGGCUUAUUCUAUGUUUGUGCCGCAAUUUAUUUUCCCCCUCGGGAUGUACAUUUUUUAUGCUUUCACAUAUGAAGAAUGCAGUAAAACUCAUGAACUCUACUUCAGACUGGUUUGCUUUUCAGUCACCAGGUGGCAGAAGAGUGUUAUUUUUAAAUGAAUAGAGUAUCCAUUGGUGAGGUCUUUUUCAUCAAAUGAAUUCUGAUGGAUGUAUCAGUGACAAAUUUUGUAUGAUUUAAAAAGAAAUAAUAGUAACUUUUGUUUUCUUUUCACUCAGGAGCCAUGAAUUAAACUAUAAAAAACAUUAGUCUAACAUACAGAUUCCCUAAGUGUCUUUUCCUGAAAGCUCUCUGUCCAAGAAUCUAUAUCAAUUUGAAGGACGUUUCCAGAAUAAAAAAACACAUUCAAUAUUUAAUGGGGACAUGAGAAUUUCCUGCAUUUCCAGAAACUAAAUAAAAAAAUAUCCUUGUUGGAAGCAUCAGUUUUAUGCCAAGCAUUUCAACACCUUCCUGAAUAAACUCAGUCCACUUUGCUCA